CAGCAGCCAGGCUAUGGACAGCAGCAAAGCUCCUAUAAUCCCCCUCAAGGCUAUGGACAGCAGAACCAGUACAACAGUAGCAGUGGAGGUGGUGGCGGAGGGGGUGGUGGAGGUAACUAUGGCCAAGAUCAGUCCUCCAUGAGUGGUGGUGGCGGCGGUUAUGGCAAUCAGGACCAGAGUGGUGGAGGCGUAGCCAGAGUUCUCAGUCAUCUUAUGGGCAACAGUCCUCUUAUCCUGGCUAUGGCCAGCAGCCAGCUCCUAGCAGCACUUCGGGAAGACAACAACACCAUCUUCGUGCAAGGCUUGGGCGAAAAUGUUACAAUUGAGUCUGUGGCUGAUUACUUCAAGCAGAUUGGUAUUAUUAAGACAAAUAAGAAAACAGGACAGCCCAUGAUUAAUCUGUACACAGACAGGGAAACGGGCAAGCUGAAGGGAGAGGCAACAGUGUCGUUUGAUGACCCACCUUCUGCUAAAGCAGCUAUUGACUGGUUUGAUGGUAAAGAAUUCUCUGGGAAUCCCAUCAAGGUCUCAUUUGCUACUCGGCGAGCAGACUUCAAUCGGGGUGGUGGCAAUGGUCGUGGAGGCCGAGGGCGAGGAGGACCCAUGGGCCGUGGAGGCUAUGGAGGUGGUGGCAGUGGUGGCGGUGGCCGGGGAGGAUUCCCCAGUGGAGGAGGUGGUGGUGGCGGCCAGCAGCGAGCUGGUGACUGGAAGUGUCCUAAUCCUAUAUGUGAGAACAUGAACUUCUCUUGGAGGAAUGAAUGCAACCAAUGUAAGGCCCCUAAACCAGAUGGCCCAGGAGGGGGACCGGGAGGCUCUCAUAUGGGGGGUAACUAUGGAGAUGAUCGUCGUGGUGGCAGAGGAGGCUAUGAUCGGGGCGGCUACCGAGGCCGAGGCGGGGACCGUGGGGGCUUC